AUGAGCCGCUGGUCACGCUCUGGUCCAGUAAACAGACUCAAUCCUGGGAGCUAUGGGAAGUACGCAAGUGUCCAAGAGACCAUGUACCUACAGAUGCAGGGUCCGCAAAAACCACUCCCACGAAUUCCUCCUGCCUUCCCACAUGGGACCUUUGGUGCUACAGAUGGAGCUACGGGAACCCACAGCGCCACUUCAAAAGUUGGCGGAGUUGGAGUUGGAGUGGGCGCCACUCACAAGCUUCCGUCUCGCCCUGGCAACAGCACAGCGGGCUUGCUCUCCGUUCUCGCAGUGGGAGCAGCCACCAUGAUCACACAGUUUCGACCAUCGAAACGUUUGUCUCAGAUGCGGCGUGCUCGGAUGGCCCGCCGUUUUCGUAGCUACCAAUGGGAAGAGGCUGGAAAGGACGGCAGAGAGGUCCGGCUCUACAUUCCUGUAGACCAGACCAUCAAGGAGAAACAUGUUGAGAUCGAUCUCAGCGAAAGCAAGCUUCGCGUAAGUUUGCUGAAUGGGCCUCCUGUGAUUGACUCAGAUUUGUACGAUUCAGUGCAUCCACACGAAAGCCACUGGUUCAUCGAUCGUCACGGCGGUCAUGCUUGUGUGGCUGUGACCUUAAUGAAGAAGAAUAUGUGGACGCAGUGGCCAUUCUUGACAACCCAAGAAGCUGCAGGCCUGCGAACUCUUGGCCUGGCGAAGGUGCUAGCAGCAUGCUUCCUGGUGGUGGUCCUACUUCAGCAACUCACGCGCGGCUAG